CGGUGUGAAUGAAAGAAGGUUCGCAGGCUUCAGUAAUGCAGAGGGGAGUAAAAUGGCAGAGCUACAAAUGCUGUUAGAGGAAGAAAUUCCUGCUGGGAAGAGAGCUUUACUCGAGAGCUACCAGAAUCUGUCCAGGGUCGCUGAAUACUGCGAGAAUAAUUAUGUGCAGGCUCAGGAUAAGAAGAAGGCCUUGGAGGAGACUAAAGCCUACACCACCCAGUCUCUGGCCAGUGUGGCGUAUCAGAUCAACGCUCUGGCCAACAACGUGCUGCAGCUGCUGGACAUCCAGGCGUCUCAGCUGCGCCGCAUGGAGUCCUCCGUCAAUCACAUCUCGCAGACGGUGGACAUCCACAAAGAAAAGGUUGCACGGCGAGAGAUUGGGAUUUUAACCACCAACAAAAACACAUCACGGACGCAUAAAAUCAUCGCCCCUGGAAACAUGGAGCGGCCGGUGCGCUACAUCAGGAAGCCGAUCGAUUACACGCUGCUGGAUGAUGUGGGGCACGGAGUAAAGUGGCUGAAAGCGAAGCAAGGGAACAGUCAGCCUGCCAGGUCCGGGGGUGGGACUUUAUCGAGGUCCAAUCCUCCCACGCAGAAGCCACCGAGCCCACCCAUGGCAGGGCGGGGCACAUUGGGGAGAAACACACCCUAUAAGACUUUAGAGCCAGUGAAACCUCCAGUGGUGCCAAAUGACUACAUGACGAGUCCAGCGAGGCUCGGAGGUCAGAGCAGCCCAGGACGCACAGCAUCGGUCAACCAGAGACCUCGAACACACAGUGGAAGCAGUGGUGGCAGCGGUGGACGGGAGAACAGCGGGAACAGCGUGGGAAUUCCUCUGGCUGUUCCAACACCCUCUCCUCCUAGCAUGGCUCCAGUGGUACCUCCAGGUCCAGGUCUGGGUCCUGUCCCCAUGUCUCAGUUCGGCACAAUUUCUCGGCAGAUUUCGAGGCACAGCUCCUCCAGCGCCUCGUCCUCUGCCUCCAUGGUGUCGGCGACCGGCACGUACCGGCGCGCCCCGUCCAGCUCGUCCCAGUUCUCUGUGCCACAGUCGCACCUUAAUGGCGGUCCCACGUACCCCCAGAACCCGACUCCGGUCUCUGUUGCGCCGCCGCCUCCUCCUGUAGCACAGCUCACACCCCAAAUUCCUCUCACUGGAUUUGUGGCCCGGGUUCAGGAGAACAUUUCAGACAGCCCCUCCCCUCCUCCACCUCCACUCCCCGAAGACACACCCAUGUUUGAGGAAGCGGCUCCGCCCCCUCCCCCACCCCCUGUGGACUAUGAGGAAGAGGACGCUGCGCUAGUACACUACAACGACCCGUACGCAGACGGAGACCCUCACUGGGCCCCCAAGUCCUACAUAGAGAAGGUGGUUGCCAUUUACGACUACACCAAGGACAAGGAUGAUGAGCUGUCCUUUAUGGAAGGCGCCAUCAUCUACAUCAUCAAGAAAAAUGACGACGGCUGGUUCGAGGGCGUGUGCAACGGCGUCACCGGACUGUUUCCCGGCAACUACGUGGAGUCCAUCAUGCACUAUGCUGACUAGCGCUAACUUACGAAUGUUUUCACCUGACCUAUUUACGUAUUUAUCGUGUGCAGUGUAUUGAGGAAGUGUCUGGUUCUGCCUGAUUCAGGUUUUUGGACGUGUUUUGUACAUACAGUACUGUAUGAACCCUGUCGGUUGUGAAUAGUACGUGUUAUUGUGCGUGUUUCUUCAGCGUAAAAAAAAAAGUGGUGGUUUUUCUUUUCGCAUCCUGCCGAACUCUUCCUUCGAUUCAGGGAAGACAUGGUUGAAUGUCGUGAUUUACAGUAUAAUCUGGCUGAUGAACCAGGUCAUUUGAAUUCCAUUUUGCCUGCAGUGUUAGCCUACGUUGCAUUUUAAUUCAAGGUAUGUUGCUAUUGUGAUGCUGUUGCCUUAAUAUUUCAUAGCUACCUUCAUUCAUUUUGCUACUUUCAGACUGGGUUCCCAUGUAGCCAGCUUGGCCAACAAGCCAGGUACUUUAUCUGUUCUGUCACUGCCUGCUAAUGUAACUACAUUCCUUUACUGCAAUAGCUAUUUAACAAAGUAUGUCAUUGACUACAAAAGCUAAAUAUCUACCCAGAUAAAUGUAUGUGAUCAUUUUCCCAGGAAAUUUGCUAGCUGGUUAAGGUUAAGCAGCUCUGUUCAGGCUCUGGAGAUUAUUUAAGUGGCAGAAAUUUGCCAAAUUAAGUCUAAUAUUGCGAACCAUACGUUUAGCCUGAUACAUUUUGUUAUGAAACGUUUCCAACCAAUUACAUUAACUCACCAAUAACUCUUAAACAUGUUGCGGAUGGACACUUUUUAAAAUCGAGGAAUUAUAUGACAUGGUGUUACAUUAGUUACAGAUGUUAGAGGCGUAGAAAUACUUUUCAAAAUCCGACUAAUACGGUUAGAAAGCUAGGAAAAAAAUUUUGCUAGCAGAGAUUAUCAACUGCAGCAACUGUAUCGCGUAGAUUUAUGUUGUGUUUUGUCCGGCUUCAUCACUUAAAUGUUUAAUGUUUCCGUUCAAGUACCAUAUUGAUAAUUUAACCAGACAGAAGCUAAACGGUGGCAUUGUUCGUUUAGAAGACAUGUAAUUUAUCCCAAAAAUGGAAGUAUUAAGAAGUAUAGUACUCUAUUCAUUCGGCAGGGCGGAUUCUGCUAAUCUUCAACUCUCAGUAACGAUCAUCCCAAAUUUUUUAUAACUCUUCAUUUGCACCUGGGUGAAAACGCAAACCUUGAGAUGGAACCGGACUAAUUGUUUACAUACUAUAACAGUCUAAUGUUAGCUAGGUUUCAGACGACACUAGCGAACGGUUUACACAAUAAAGUUGCUAGUGUGAUGUUAGCUAACUUGAAUCGUUUCACGUUAGCUAGUGAGCUAGCAACUUUGACUACAGGUUUACACAGUGUAAUAAUUAGCCAAAUGUUAGCUGUAUUAGCUAUUGUUUUAUUUAUUCACAUAAAGCUUGCUGUUUGUUUGUUCAUCAUACAGUGCUAGCUUUUAGCUAGCUUAUACACUUAAAUAGAUACUACUGAAUGGCUCCUGUAAGCUAAGCUAACUUCUUAGCAGUGUUUUUGGUGGUAAAAUGUGUUUUCACUCGGGUGCGAAUAGUUUUUAUUCUCAGUUAUAAAGAAGCACAGCAUGAAUUUGUAGAUUGUCACUGAAAUGGAUUUGUUUGUCUCUUGAAAACCAAUGUUUGAUUUGGUUUUAUUUAACAGAAUAGUGAUUCCCUCAGUGCUGUGAGGAACACGAUUACAUGGUGUUAGCUUCUCCUCUUCACAUUGUACAUAAAUACAACCUGUUUUUUUUUCUCUCAGUUGAUGUACAGCGGUUUUUAUAAUAAAGUACUGUCGGUA